GCGGCCGUGUUUACGGGCCGAAUUAUACUACUGAGUCAUAUUCAGGAUCUAGAAAAGCCGGGGGCGAACAGUCAGACUCAGACUUCAAGUUCAAGCUCCAUUUUAAACAGGAACAGGACGGAAAAUUCUCCUGGCAAAUAAAUAACAAGUACAUGUAAAACAAAAGUGGGAAACGAACGUAAAUCUGUUGGCACUCACAACUGAGAACAUCUGAGAAACGACCGAAUCAGUAAUCUUGAUCUAUUUGAAGCCUAAGGACUAGAUUUAAGCUUCACCAUGGGUGGUUCAAUCAGCAAACUAUUUUCCGGUUUAUUUGGCAAGAAAGAGAUGAGAAUAUUGAUGGUUGGAUUGGAUGCUGCUGGAAAGACGACUAUCCUCUACAAACUCAAGCUUGGUGAAAUUGUCACAACCAUCCCAACAAUAGGUUUCAACGUAGAGACAGUGGAAUACAAGAACAUAAGCUUCACAGUGUGGGAUGUAGGUGGUCAAGACAAAAUCAGGCCACUGUGGAGGCAUUACUUCCAGAACACACAAGGUAUCAUUUUUGUGGUAGACAGCAAUGAUAGGGAACGUCUCGCAGAGGCAAAGGAGGAGCUGAAUCGCAUGCUUAGCGAGGACGAACUCAGGGAUGCAGUCCUUCUAGUAUUAGCAAACAAACAGGAUCUUCCCAACGCCAUGAAAGCAAAUGAAGCAAAAGAAGCACUACAACUGUCAGGCUUGAAUCAACGAAAAUGGUACAUCCACAGUACGUGUGCCACCACAGGUGACGGACUCUACGAAGGCCUCGACUGGUUGUCUAAUGCUCUGAAGAAAUAAUAAGAUUAUCUCUAGAAAGUCAAGUUGUAAUUGAUAAUCAAAUGAAGAUAGGUAACUUCCGCUUUUCAUCAAAUCUGUCUAGGUGUAAUUACAUAUUGUCUCUCCGAAGGUCCAACUUUAAAGGGUAGUGAGAUUUUCAUAUUUAGAAAGAAACAUGCUUUAUUUUGAAGUCAAAUCCCUCGUACUACUCACCCAUAUAGGGAUUAUAUCUAGUUCACACAUGCCAUGGUCCAUCUAUAUACCGGGUAAUGCACACACACACACAC